AUGUCCCAGCACCUUCUCCUCCCGCUUGUGGUAUUUGCCAUCCGCCCCAUCCCAGGAGACUUCAAGGACUCAGCAUUCGGUCCCACCCAAGAACAACCUGAAGAUCUGGACUGCGGGCGCCCUGAGCCCUCUGCCCGCAUCGUGGGGGGCUCAGACGCACAGCCUGGCACGUGGCCGUGGCAGGUGAGCCUGCAGCAUGGGGGCGGCCACAUCUGCGGGGGCUCCCUCAUCGCCCCCUCCUGGGUCCUCUCGGCCGCUCACUGCUUCGUGACGAACGGGACAGUGGAGCCCGCGGCCGAGUGGUCGGUUCUGUUGGGCGUGCACUCCCAGGACGGGCCCCUGGACGGCGCGCACGCCCGCACGGUGGCCGCCAUCCUGGUGCCGGACAACUACAGCGCCGUGGAACUGGGCGCCGACCUGGCCCUGCUGCGCCUGGCCUCGCCCGCCAGGCUGGGCCCCGCCGUGCGGCCCAUCUGCCUGCCCCGCGCCUCGCACCGCUUCGCCCACGGCACCGCCUGCUGGGCCACCGGCUGGGGGGACGUCCAGGAGGCGGAUCCUCUGCCCUUCCCCUGGGUGCUCCAGGAAGUGAAACUAAGGCUGCUGGGAGAGGCUGCCUGCCAGUGUCUCUACAGCCGGCCGGGCCCCUUUAACCUCACUUUCCAGCUAUUGCCAGGGAUGCUGUGUGCUGGCUAUGCGGAGGGCCGCAGGGACACGUGCCAGGGCGACUCUGGGGGGCCCCUGGUCUGCGAGGAAGGCGGCCGCUGGUUCCAGGCGGGAAUUACCAGCUUUGGCUUUGGCUGUGGACGGCGGAACCGCCCUGGAGUCUUCACUGCUGUAGCUCCCUAUGAGGCCUGGAUCCGGGAACAGGUGAUGGGUUCAGAGCCUGGGCCUGCCUUUCCCACCCAGCCCCAGGAGCCCCAGUCAGGCCCCCGGGAGCCCAGGGAAGAGAACUGCACCAUCGCCCUGCCAGAGUGCGGGAAGGCCCCGCGGCCAGGCACGUGGCCUUGGGAGGCACAGGUGAUGGUGCCAGGAUCCAGACCCUGCCACGGGGCGCUGGUGUCGGAAAGCUGGGUCUUGGCGCCUGCCAGCUGCUUUCUGGACCCCACCGACCCAGACGACGCGCCGCCCGGCGACCUCGGCGCCUGGCGGGUGCUGCUGCCCUCCCACCCGCGCGCGGAGCGGGUGGCGCGCCUCGUGCCGCACGAGAACGCCUCGUGGGACGACGCCUCGGACCUGGCCCUGCUGCAGCUGCGCGCGCCCGUCAACCUGAGCGCGGCCCCGCGGCCCGUGUGCCUCCCGCACCCGGAGCACUACUUCUUGCCGGGGAGCCGCUGCCGUCUGGCUCGUUGGGGCCGCGGGGAACGCGCACCUGGCCCCGGGGCGCUGCUGGAGGCCGAGCUGUUGAGCGGCUGGUGGUGUCACUGCCUGUACGGCCACCAGGGGGCGGAAGUGCCGCUGCCCGGAGACCCGCCGCUUGCGCUCUGCCCUGCCUACCUAGAGGAGGAGGAGGCGGGCCGCUGCUGGAAUGACACGAGGUGGAGCCUGCUGUGCCGGGAGGAGGGUACCUGGUUCCUGGCUGGCGUCGCACACCUUUCCAGUGGCUGUCUGCGGCCCCGAGCCUUCUCCCCGCUGCACGCCCAUGGCCCAUGGAUCAGCCAUGUGGCCCGGGGGGCCUACCUGGAGGACCAGCUAGCCUGGGACUGGGGUCCUGAGGGCGAGGAGACUGAGACCCACACCUGUCCCAUGCACACAGAGCAUGGCGCCUGUGGCCUGCGGCCAGAGGCAGCUCCCGUGGAGGUGCUGUGGCCCUGGCUGGCAGAGGUGCAUGUGGCUGGUGAUCGAGUCUGUGCUGGAAUCCUAGUGGCCCCUGGCUGGGUGCUGGCAGCCACCCACUGUGUCCUCAGGCCAGGCUCUACAACAGUGCCUCACAUUGACGUGUAUCUGGGCCGGGCAGGGGCCAGCCCCCUCCCACAGGGCCACCAGGUAUCACGAUUGGUCAUCAGCAUCCGCCUGCCCCGGCACCUGGGCCUUAGGCCUCCCCUGGCUCUCCUGGAGCUGAGCUCCCGGGUGGAGCCCUCCCCAUCAGCCCUGCCCAUCUGCCUUCACCCAGGGGGUAUCCCCUUGGGGGCCAGCUGCUGGGUGCUGGGCUGGACGGACCCUCAGGACCGAGUCCCUGUAGCGGCUCCGGUCUCCAUCUUGACACCACGACUCUGUCACUGCCUCUAUGAGAGCAUUCUGCCCCCUGGGACACUCUGUGUCCUGUACACAGAGGGGCAGGAGGGCAAGUGUGAGGUGACCUCAGCACCUCCCCUCCUGUGCCGGACCGGAGGAGGCUCCUGGGUCCUCGUGGGCAUGGCGGUCCGAGGGAGCCGGGAGCUGUUUGCUGCUGUUAGCCCUGAAGAAGCCUGGAUCUCCCAAACUGUGCCAGAGGCCCACUUCCUGCCACCCAGUGGCUCCCCCUACUGGCCGCCUGAAGGCAGCGACCUCUGCCCCCCAGACUUGGCAGGGGCUUCAGGCUCGCCUCGGGCUGCUCUGUUCCUCCUGCUACUGACUCCUCUAAUCCAAGGCUGAGAGGGUCUGGCUCCCGGGGUGGGGUGGGGGGAGGUACUUCCCCUUGCCUCCCAGCCCUCCAUUUCCCGCCCAGUGGGGCUGGAAUGUGCCCCAACCAGUUCACUCCAGUGGGGGAACCUGGAAAAGGCCCCACCCCCCAGAGUUUGCAGCGGCUCCGGAGAAGUGGACCUCUGUGCCAGCUAUUUUGGGCCCAGGAAUCCUCGGAGGUGGCAGGAGGAGGGGACAAUAAAGAUCUAA